AUCGACACACCCACCCAUAGUAACUGCUCGCCGACCAGUGGAUCACCACAUCAUCAUAAUCAUCAUAUUAUCGUCCCGUUUUCAAUAAUCUAGCCGUAGUCCCACCUGAAUGGCUAACUCCGGUCAAGGAAAAUACUCGCUCCCAGAAGAGCUGCAUCGAUAUGUUUUGGAGCAGCCGCGAGAUACGGUGGUGGCACCAGAGAGAUCGAUAUCUUCGUCCUCCGAGGUUGGACCAUCAUCGUCGCAUGCAUUUGAGCGACAACAACAGCGUUUCUCAUAUUCGCCUGCCCCCAAUCCGAUGGCGUCACUGACGACGCCGGCCAUCUUUCCCAGCGAUGAGGAUGGUGGUGACAGAGCAUUGUCACCGCUGGACUCUGGAACACCGGGAGAAGACGACGAGUCGGGCUCGUAUUCAACAUCGUUCUCACGAGAGGCGAUUGGGGAAGAUAUUGGCGCGUCUUCAGUCGUCCCCCAGGUAGCGAUGACAAGAAAUUUGUCUAGAGGUGAGAUGGGGUAUGGCCACCUAGCACAGCAUUCAUAUACGAUCCCCCCACCCGUUCCCCCGCCUUACCCACUGCCUGGUGUACCAGGAUGGAGGCCGCCGGGAGAGGCACACCUGGCGCCCUGGCCAGCACAUGGGGGAAGAGAAUCGUACCGCGGGCUGGAGCAACGUGUAGAGGGAGGAGAGCGGUAUGAAUUAACGACAGGAGGGAGUCGGGGGUACGAGAUGGCUCGGUACGAGGCUGGUUUAAUUUGAAUGGUAUCUGGACGUACCUGAACGAGGAGAUCUCUAUAGAUCUGGAUAUUUCUCGAGGACUUACGAGGAGAACAGAAGGUCGAUGGCAGGGUCAUCUCACCAAGGUAAGCAUGGGAGAGACAAAAAAAAACCGG